AUGUUUGCAUCGAUCUCUCCCUCACAUCCACAUUUCUCUUCGACACAACGACGAGCCUCAGUUUCAUUUCCUGCCUUUCAACAAGAUUCUCCACAAUCUCAAUCCAGCACAUUCCUCUCAUCUUCCUAUUUGCGUAACCUCCCAGACGAUAUUCUCAUCAAUCAUUUGCUCAAACAAGGAAAGAAUUAUAGCAAGGUCGGAGUGAUACUUUUCAUCGUUCCCAUUCUCUUCAUUUCGACAUGUUGUUGUGAGGAAAAAGGUUGUCUUGUGUUUCUUACGAUUGCCUUCUCCGAAAUCUUCUUCCAGAUUGUCAUUAACGAAAUUCGAAAAGAAACGAUUCAAAGUAUCAUUCGGUGGCAUUUCGUGAAAGUAUUCUUAGUUCUCAUUGCACAGAUUCCUCUUCAACUUCACUACGGAUGCAUGUUUCCAAUGUACAUACUCACCACUUUCAAAAUUCUCAUUGUGUCCAAAACAUUUACCUUCAAUGUUCGACUCAUGAUACUAGCAGGAUUGAUCCUUGUAUUGGGAACGAGUGCAGCCAUGUUUGUAGCCUAUUUCAUGCAAUCCUUCCCUCAAAGUGCUUUAUCUGAAAAGACUUUGCUUUCUCUCCAUUCACAGAAGAAUGCAGCAGAAUCUAUUGGUUUCCGAAACUAUUUCAUGAUCAAGUUAAUUGAAAUAUUCGUCUUACAAUUUGGUGUGAUGCUUUGUGGUUACCUCUUCUCUGAAUCUCUUAUCCAAACCAAUCAAGAAUACACUCGACAACAAGUUGAGAUCACCCGAGAGAGGGUGAAAAACUUUGAAAAGACAAAAUUCAUUGCCAACUUGAGUCAUGAAGCUCGAAAUCCUAUUCAUUGCAUUUUGGGAAGUCUCCAAGUUCUGAGUCAUCAUUUUCAGGCUGAAAAGUGCUCACAUGCAUGUGAACAUUGUUUAGUGAACAAUUCCGCUGUCGCAGAGACAAUGCAAGACAUUAAGGAGAACGCGACCCUAUUAUUGCAUAUCUUGUCAUCUUCGUUGCAAAUUACAUCCUUGGAAAUGGAUAAAGUAGUUCUAAAGAAUGAAGAAUUCUCAAUGAUCAAUUUGGUCGAUUCGUUGGUCGGUGCAUUCUCUCAUUUAGCGCAAGAAAAGAAAAUUUCAUUGAAUGCAUUUUGCAAUAUUGCCACCGUUCCUCCCUUGUUGAAAGGAGACUCGGUAAAAAUUUCGCAAAUCCUCAUGAACAUUGUUUCCAAUGCAAUCAAGUACACUAAAAAAGGGUUUGUCAGAGUGAAUUGUGACGUUCUGAAAGAUGACUCUCCAGAGUCACAGGAAAUCGCAAGUACCUUGACUGAGAAGAAAAACAACAUUGUUUUUGUCAAAAUUGAAUGCAUGGACACAGGUUGUGGAAUUUCACAAAGUCAAAUGCAAAACCUCUUUCAGCCUUAUCGUAUUAUUCCCACUGACAAUGAAGAAGAAGUCUCUGUAGGAUUCGAACACUACUUUAAGAACAAUCGAUCCAUCAAGUUGGACGAUGGUGGAAGUAGUGUGAUCAACACUAAACGUACGGGUCUUGGUUUAAGCAUUUCCAAAAUGUUAGUGAGCAAAAUGCAUGGCAUGAUCAGUGUUGAAAGUUGCCCUCAUCAAGGUGGAACUGUGUUCACAAUCAUUCUACCCCUAGAAAAGGUUUCUGUAGAGCAAGAGAGUGUAAAGAAAAUCAAUAGCGAUCAGAGUGGUACACACCAUGUAUCAUUAUUGAAGGAACAUUAUGAUGAGAAGGGACAAUUUAGCAAUGUCGUGGAAGAUCGACCUCAUUGUAAUAUUUUCAUCAUUGAUCCUGAUUAUUGCUUUAAGGAAGUCCUCAAAGACUACUUGGCUGCAUUGAAACCAACAUUUCCAUAUGUGGACAUUAAGGAAUUCAAUGAUUUGAAAUCUUUUCAAGCUGACUUGAAAUCUGGUCACCUUCCAGCGUUGGGCUCCAACUUGACAAUACCUUCCAUAGUCUUCAUUGACGAGAAUGAAUAUGAUACGGCUAGAAAAAUGUUUUUACAAGUGGAUGAAUGUCACUUCCAACUCAUUUCAACACGAUUUCGAGGAUCCAUGAAACAACUCUCCUCGAAUGUUAAAUGUCUCUCAAAACCUCUACGCUAUUCAGACUUGUUUGAAUUGGUUCAACAAGCGGACCACUUGUUUCGACUCAACCACCGCCCGAAACAUGAUUCCUUACUCCAUCAUCAUGAAAUGUCAUUAACUGUCAACCAGAUCACAGUUUCCACUUCAUCAGUUCCCUUAGAUCAAUCUACCAUUCAAACUCCAGUCUAUGUUCAUCAUUUUGUCACAACUCCAGCUGAAAAUGGACAUCCCUCUGUCGUACAAGCUCCAACUAAUUCUCCACUCUUUUCUCCCUGCAUUGAAACUGCAAGUUGCAACAACAACCAUCUCAUUACCAAUGUAAAUAAUAACACCUGUCAUCAUCACUCUCCAUGCGUCCCGAAGGUUCCUGAUUUCAGCAAGUUCUCUGUUCUCAUCGCUGACGACAAUGCCGUGAAUCGCAAGGUUUUGGUGAAAUUGCUUCAAAUCAUUGGAUUUCAAGAUAUUGAUGUGUCCAACGAUGGAAAGGAAUGCUUUGAAAAGUAUCAACAAAAACCCUAUGAUCUUGUGUUGCUCGAUUGUAUCAUGCCUGUAUUGAGUGGUAAGGAAGCCUGUACCUUAAUAAGGAAAUGUGAAGCAGGAAAAUCUACAAGAAUUCCAAUUGUUGCCAUCACUGCCAAUACUUGGGAAGUGAGAGAAACAUUGUUGUCACAAGGAUUUGAUGAUGUCUUGUACAAGCCAUUGGUGUUGGAAACUUUCAGACAACUCUUAGUGAAACUCUUGUUGCCAAGUGCCAAGUGA